ACAUGUCUCCUCCGGACCGGUAGAUGGCAGACACGGCAAAAGAACAACCUCGAAAUGCUACCGUUUUUGUCAUUGUGAAGAGAUAGACAACAACAAGGAAGCUGCUCGUUUUGCAACUAUACCGAGGAAUUAGGAACGUGUGGCUUUGCCAUUUAAACUGAAGGACGCGGCGUACCUGGUUCCUCUGAGCGGCUCCAGGAUUCAUUAACAGUUCUGUUGGGAUGGACCUGUCGCAAGCAGCCCCUCUCCUGCAGAAUUCUCAGCAGGCGGGCCCGGGGCACAAGCAGCGCGUGUUCACUGGUGUCGUCACCAGCAUGCAUGAUUAUUAUGGGCUGGUGGAUGAAGAGGUUCUCUUCCAGCUCAGCGUGGUGAAGGGACGUGUGCCGCUGGUGGGAGAGAAGGUCCUGGUUAAAGCGAUCUACAACCCCGGGCAGAGCAUGAAGUGGAACGCACAGAAAGUCCAGGCAGUUAAUAACCAGUCCCUCUUGAAGUCUCUGCCGUCCCUUCUUCCAGCGAUGGGGCAGCCACAGAAGCAAGGCAUUCUGGGAAACAAACCGCAGCCUCUCCUCCAGGCUCCCUUAAUCCCACCCUUAAUACCCAGCAUGCAGCAGCCCCCUCAGAAACCCGGACUCCUGCAGACCCCGCCCCACCUCUACCCCCACCCCCACCCCCAGCACCAGCACCAGCACCCCAGGCAGGGCCAGUUCGAUCCGCGUGGAGGGGGGAGGAGACGUCACGGAGAUGGAGGGAGGCGUGCGGGCCGAUGGGAUGACGGUGGGGGCUGGUGUGGGGACCGCGUGUCUCAGAAGCGGAGGAAGCUGAGGGGCACCCAGGAGGAACCCCUGAAGAAAGCCAGCGUCCAGCCGCCCCGAUACUGGCCUCUCUUCUCGCGCUUCUCUCGAGACAGCUCUGCCUGCGACACUCUGGAGGUGCUACGUCGAUACCCGCAGCUGGCACUGCCCGAUGACUUCUUCGACCUGCGACUGAGCUGGGUGGAGACCUUCCCAGUCACCCGACCCCUGACCCUGGGCUUCCCCAGCCCCUUCCACGUAUCAGAGGCGAGGGCGGACCCUGACCCGGCCCAGCCUGCAGACACGGACCCCUCCUACAGCGCCAAGGUGAUGCUUCUGUCGACCCCAGGGCUGGAGGAGAUGUACCAGAAAUGCUGCUGUCUGUCUGAAGAGCAGAAGGAGGUUUCUGCAGGGCCAGUGCACCCCACCACGCUCAUCAAGUUCUUGGUUGGGCUGAAGCAGGAGGAGGCAGUGGUUCUGGGGGGAGCCUGGUCCCCUUCUCUGGAUGGGUCCAAACCGGUCAAAGACCCCCUGGUUCUGAUCCGAACCGCUGUGCGCUGCACCAAGGCACAAACCGGGCUGGACUUGAGCACUUGUUCUCAGUGGUUCAAGUUUGCGGAGGUACGGUACCUGCGAGCUGGGCUGGUGGAGACCACAGUGUUCUUCCUCCCGGACGUGUGGCACAGCCUGCCCUCCAUGUCAGAGUGGGAAGGCCUGCUGCUGGCACACAAUCCAGGCACAGAGAGCAGCCACUCCCCAGAUUCGGACCAGUGGAGGAGAGCGCUGCUGUGGACAGCCGGACCCCCCGAGCCGCUGGGGGCUCUACCAGAUGAGCCUGCUCUCCUUGUGCACCCCAGAGAAGGGCUGCCCUGCACCACCCUGCCCCUCAGCUCACUGCUCAAGUACAGGAACAGCCCUGGACACAACAGCUUUGAGGGAAUGUUAUCGGGGCUAAUCCGAGCUGUGUCGGCAGGAGUCGUCCAAGAGGAGGGGGAGAUGAAUCCGGUCCUGUCUCGUCUUUCAGACCCCAGCUCCACCAAAGAGACGGACAAGGAGCCCUGCAGCUCGCUGGUGCUGUCCCGGGACAUCCUCCUAGCCUUUGUCUACUUCGAUCACAAUUUCUGCGGCUUCCUCCUGGACAAGGACCUGGAGGAGAUCGUGCUGUCGCUGGGGCUGCACCUCUCUCGGGCACAGGUGACAGAGCUGGUGACAAAGGUGGUGUCCCAGAAUGCGUGUCACUACCAGGGGCUGGCUGAGCGCUGGGAGGGGGACACAGAGCCACGGGACAGCAAGACCCUCGCCGCAGACCCCAAACUGCAAGGAAACGUCUCUCUGCUACCCCCCGUGUCUGUGAAGGGCAGCGGCCGGCAGUCUCAGCGGUCAGGGUCCGGGGGGUCUGAGAUGGUCACUCACAACGGCGCGGCGGUGCACCUCGGAAACCUGCUGCAGAAACUGGAGCGAGUCGAGAGCACCCGGGUGCACCUGGAGGAUAGGAUCCGCAGUCUGGAGACCAGGCUGGGGGAGGCAGGGGAGCAGGUGUCUGUGGAGGAGGCGCAGAGGAAGAGGCUGGCCUCUGGGCUGGAGGCUGCACAGAAGAGCCUGGCCGAGGCGUUGGACAAGUUGAAGACGGAGGAGAAACGCAGCGCCUCUUACGAGAAGCUGCUGAAGGAAAGCAAGGGGAAUAUGGUUUCCGUCAUUGAAAAGAUGCAGAGCAUUGUGAAUAAGACCUGCAGCGUGGUCGAAACCGGGAGCGAUGCUUCGGACAAGGUUUGAAGACUGGCAAAGGCAGAUCUACAGGGACACUGCUGUGCUGUGGAGCCCUGCCAGCCUGCCAGCAGUGCCAUUCUGAGCCAGUUUACCUCCCCAGCACUGUCCCUGAGCAGCACAGCUACCUGCCUCUUGCACUGUAGACUUUUGCACCGUGCCAUAUCAACACACACGUGCAAGUGUGCAGGAAAGAGGCUGCAAGCUUGCCGUACUGAAUCUCAAGAAGAAUCACUGGGACCCGUUGAGAAACGGAGACCCCAUAGACUGCGCUGCUGUGGUUUAUUCUGUCUCCUAAACCACACGGCGCCACUGAAAUGAGGAAAUGACAUUUUUUGUACGUUUUUAAAUAUGGCUUUGCGGCUGUGCCCCUUUAGAGUUUUGUUUGUUAUUUGAUUUCUAUUUUAUAUUUUAAUUUUUUUUUUACAAAUGUAUGCAGGCUACCCCCUCGCUCCCAAAUUUGACCAUUCUUGCAGAUUUACUUGGAUUUUUCUUUUCUGUAAAAAAAAAAAAAAAAAAAAUUCGCGGAUAUUUUCACAAAGUAUGUCACUUUCUAUCUUACUUCAGGGAUGUUAAUUAAAAAAAAAAAAAAAAUAACGAACAGUGGAUUAUUUCACUAGAAGUUACUGUAAUAAAUAAAACUUUUACCCAUC